GGCGCGAUGAGGAUGAGGGUGGCUGAGUCCCAAGAAGCCUGCUGCCCUCACCCUACCUCCUUAGUUGGGGGAGGCAGGCUCCCUCUGAGGCAGAAAAACCAGAUGUCCCGGAAAGCCUGCAUCCUGCCUGUGGCUUAUAGCUCAAGCCAUUUGACCUUUAGCCUGUGGUCUCCCCACCCCCAGGGCCCUUACUCAGGCAGACCCCACUCUGCAAGCUCCAGUCCUUACUGAAUCAGAGCCCAGGGCACCCCCUGAGGCUCCAACUGGCAAGGCCUGGCUUACCUGUGAGAUGCAGGCCACUGGCUGGAAGGAGCAGAGGUGUCUGCCUGCCCAGAGGUCCAGUCGUCCACACAGCCCCACGCUGGGGCCUGCUGCAUGGUGCCCGGCGGCACUAAGGCUGCUGGCAUGAAACCCAAGCUGAGAGGACAUCAAUCUUUCAUGGGGCUGCUCUCUGGGGAAACCCUAACCCCAGCCCAGUGGGGCCAAGUGACCAGCCAGGGCCCCCUAUCCUUGACAGGGCCAGAUGGUCGAAAGCCCUCGGCCUGGGCCCCUCCAGCUCUGAGCAGGCUCUGGGUCCCCCAGGGUGCGCCUCCUCUGAUGUCACCCCUGUGACCCUCAAUCACCCGUGAUGCCAAGCCCCUAUGAUCUGGCCUCCCUUCCUUUCACACACCCCUGCUCCGGUGGGGAUGUUGCCCUCUCUCCCACCUCCCACUUUUGUACACACUCUUCCUCCUGCCUGAGAUGCUUCCCCAUGUCCUGCGGUAGCUGAGUCCUGCUCAUGUCAGAAAACUGGGCUCUCUGACGCUUCAGCAUUACUGCUCCCAUUUUAUAGAUGAGGCAGCUGAGACUUAGAGAGGUGAGUCUGCUGGGUCUCCCAGCUCGUGAGUGGCAGAGCUGGAGUCUGAGGCUCACUGCGGCCACUCUGUCCUGGCACCCGUGUUGCUGAGGAUGUUUCCCUUGACUGAUCGGCUCUGCCUAUCUGGACACCCGCAGGCAGAGGGCGGGAUUAGGGCCUGGGCUGCCUGACUCACUUACCCUAAUCCCCCUCAGGGCCCGAUCCCUGGUCAUCAGCCCUCGGGGUGGCAGAGUAUAAGCAGCUUUAUGGGUCCUGAGAAGCAGGGGUGCUCCCUGGUGCCGCUUCUCUGAGUCCUGUCACCCUCCUCCACAUGGCCGAAGAGCAGGGGAGGGGGCGCCAUGGCCCAGACCUGGCCCCCGGACCACAGAAGCCCCCCGUGGGGGUCCUGGCUUCCAGUAGCGGUGCUGAGGGGCCCCCCUUGACGAGGAAGAGAAGCAGCAAGAAGGAGAAGGGGCUCCGAGGGUCCCGGAAGGGCCUCAGCAGCUCUGGGGAGCAGACCCCCAUGCAGGGCCCUGAGGCCCUGGGGAGCAGCAAGAACCCCUCCAGGACCAGAGAAGGGCAGGAGGGGCCCGUCCCCUCGGCCCCUGGGCCGGCCCCUCGUCGCCAGUCCCACCGGCACCGUCCUGGCCCCCAGCACGAUGCUGCUCAGAAGACAUACGGGCCCCUGCUCAACCGCAUCUUCGGGAAGGACCGAGAGUUGGGCCCCGAGGAGCUGGAUGAGCUUCAGGCCGCCUUCGAGGAGUUUGACACGGACCACGACGGUUAUAUCGGCUACCGGAGCCUGGGCGAGUGCAUGCGGACGCUGGGCUAUAUGCCCACUGAGAUGGAGCUCAUCGAGGUCUCCCAGCACGUCAAGAUGCGGAUGGGUGGCCGUGUGGACUUUGAGGAAUUCGUGGAGAUGAUGGGCCCGAAGCUGAGGGAGGAGACGGCGCACAUGCUGGGGCUGCGGGAGCUGCGAAUUGCCUUCCGAGAGUUUGACAGGGACAGGGAUGGGCGGAUCACGGUGGCAGAGCUGCGGGAGGCAGCACCGGCUCUCCUGGGGGAGCCACUGGUGGGUCCUGAGUUGGACGAGAUGCUCCAAGAAGUGGAUCUCAAUGGGGACGGCACCGUGGACUUUGACGAGUUCGUGAUGAUGCUGUCCCGCCACUAAGGCGCCUCUGGCCCCAGACACACCAGCAAGGUUCAUGAUGCACGUCCUCCCUGGGAGGCCCCAGGAUGAAAGAGACCGAGCAGCCCCUGGGCUUCUGCUCUGAUAACCUCUGGCUGGAGAGCUGGCUUGUGAUGUCACCUGCCCACCCUCAUCCUGGCCUCCCUUCCACCGGAGUGGCCUGGAGGAAACCUGCCCUCAACUGCCUGUCAUUCCCUAGUGUGACAAGGUUUGACUCUCUCCAGCCCCUUGGGAGGUAGGGAGCUCCCUGCCAUCAGCAGCAUUCAGAGAUGGGGCAGUGAAGUGGGUGGUUCUGGUAAAAUGGGGAACUGAGAAAGGUGGCUGGGCUCCUCUCACUCCUUAUACGUGGGAAAAAAAAUUUUUAAGCUGAACUUGAAAGACAGGGAUGAUCCCAGGUACCAGAGACAAAGAGAAAAUCCAAAGCUGAGUGACGGGAGGAAUCAGAGGCUGUGGGGGCUUCAGGUGUUCGGGAGUCUGGGCUCAGACACCCAAGAGGGACCUGUAAGAGGCUGGGGAGCAGGACAUGACCUCCGUACAUUCCAGGGUCUCAACAGGCUACCCUGUUCUUGAAAAGGGGGCCAAAAUAUACUGCUACCCACAAGCCUGAGAAAGUGACAAGAUGCAGAUGUUCAACCUUGAGUGGAAAAAGUUACCCCAGUGAACCUGAACCUGAAACUCAGGUCUGCAUGUCAAACAGGAGUGUGGUCUAUCUCUGUGGUGUGAAAAGCAGAAGAAAUAGGAAAAACAAAAAAACUGCUGAGAAAGACACUCUUUCAACCCAGGGCACGUAGCCUUUAAAAAAAAACCCAAACACCCCUAUCACGUCUGAAGAUGAACUCAUGACAAAGGAUGACAAAUCACAAAAGGAAACAAGUCACCAUGAGGGAGACGCAGCAGAUGCAGGAAACAGGAGAGUCAGUGCUCCAAAGUGGAGAUUUAAAACACUCGGAAAGAGAGCACGAAGUGAACGCAAAAGCAAACAAAACUGGGGCAAAAUCAACAAGAGAGACCCUCAUCCGUAACAGCAUGGUAUGAAAACUGAAUAGAAAGAUUAAAACAAAAAUAACCCAAUAAAAUGGCUAAAAAUAGAGGAUAUGGCCAUUGGAAUGAAAAAAAAAUCAAGGGCUAAAUCAAACAGAUUGGACACAACUUAAGAAAAGAUUAAUGAACUG